GCUAAUAUAGCCGACCACAGAUAAGGUAUCAAAUCAUUUGAAGACCAAAGAUGACUGAUUAGUAUAGAACAAAAAACUUAACUUUGCAGAAACAAACACCACAAAGAUAGGAACUUGGCUACUAUUUAACUAAAUCCAAACCAAACCCAAAGCAAAAAAUGCAACAUUUAUUCGUGUGGUAGUGGAAUCACUAAUAUGGAUCUUUGACCCGUACCCGACCCGGCUCUAGAUACACUUGUUCUUCAUCGUCAUCAAUCAUUGUAUCAUUUCUGAAGAUCAUCACAAGCAAAGAAAAUGGAGAGCGAUUCAGAGAUGGUUCCGUUUCCUCAACUACCGAUGCCAAUAGAAAACAACUACAGAGCUUGCACAAUUCCUUACAGAUUUCCUUCUGAUGAUCCCAAGAAAGCCACUCCAAAUGAAAUCUCGUGGAUCAACGUCUUCGCCAAUUCCAUUCCUUCUUUCAAGAAACGUGCAGAGAGCGAUAUCACUGUUCCAGAUGCUCCUGCUAGAGCUGAAAAAUUUGCAGAAAGAUAUGCUGGGAUUCUUGAAGACUUGAAGAAAGAUCCAGAGAGUCAUGGCGGACCACCAGAUGGCAUUCUUCUAUGCCGACUUCGUGAGCAAGUACUCAGAGAGUUAGGAUUUAGGGACAUAUUCAAGAAAGUUAAGGAUGAGGAGAAUGCAAAGGCUAUAUCACUAUUUCCUCAAGUUGUCAGUCUGAGUGAUGCUAUUGAAGAUGACGGAAAACGGUUAGAGAAUUUGGUGAGAGGGAUAUUUGCUGGAAACAUCUUUGAUCUUGGUUCUGCACAGCUUGCUGAAGUUUUCUCAAGGGAUGGUAUGUCUUUCUUGGCUAGCUGUCAAAACUUGGUUCCACGACCAUGGGUCAUUGAUGACUUGGAAAACUUCCAAGCCAAAUGGAUCAAUAAGUCUUGGAAGAAGGCAGUGAUUUUUGUUGAUAAUUCUGGUGCAGACAUAAUUUUGGGUAUUUUGCCGUUUGCAAGAGAGUUGCUCCGUCGAGGAGCUCAGGUGGUGCUGGCUGCUAAUGAGCUGCCAUCUAUCAAUGACAUAACAUGUACCGAGCUUACAGAAAUCUUGUCACAGUUGAAGGAUGAAAAUGGCCAAUUGCUAGGUGUUGAUACUUCGAAGCUUCUGAUUGCAAAUUCGGGGAAUGACUUACCAGUUAUCGAUCUCUCAAGAGUAUCACAGGAGCUUGCUUACCUUUCAUCUGAUGCCGACUUAGUCAUCGUAGAAGGCAUGGGUCGUGGAAUUGAGACAAACCUUUAUGCUCAGUUCAAGUGUGAUUCUCUCAAGAUUGGAAUGGUGAAGCAUCUUGAAGUAGCAGAGUUUCUCGGAGGACGGCUCUAUGACUGUGUCUUCAAAUUCAAUGAAGUUCAGAGCUAAUUAGUAUUUCAGUACUCUCCAGUCUCACUUCUCUCUUACUGUCAUUUUUAAUUCAAAACAUAGGGUACAAAAAGUAAUAUUUUUCCAUCUUGAUAUGGUAAAUCAAUUUGAAACAAAAAUAUUUAUUCGUUUGUGAUGGACUGAUGGAUAAAAUGGAAACCAUAACUAAACCAACUAUAUACACUCUAAUAAAGGGACUUGUUGAAAUUAUGCCUGGUUUGUCUAAUUAGAUUUUAAUGAAGAAAAUAUGUUUUUUGUGCAAAACCGAAUUCUAGGAAGAAGAAAGUAUGUUUUGGUCAAAU